AUGUCCAAGUCUAGUGAAUCUGGUCUCGUGUCCGAUUACAUCAAUGUCAGAAGGGGUAAUGUCACUACUCCUGUCAAUGAAACAACCACGGAAGAGGAUAAUGAAACAGAGCAAAUUUCACAAUUCUAUAAAAUACAAAUUUCAGAUAUAAUGGGAAGAUAUUUGGUAGCUAAAUCAGACAUUCCAGCGGGAACAAUAAUACUAGAAGAAGAUCCUCUAGUAGUUGGCCCAAGCCAAGGCUCAUCACCUCUUUGUAUAGCCUGUUACAAACCAAUUCAACUUUCAAACUGUGCAAGAAAUCAAAAUGAAACUGCCUGGACCAUUAUCUCAUCAAUGGAAGCUCAUGAGAAAUAUCGUCGAAAAACAGAAAUGUGGAACAGUGAUUGUACAUUAAUUAAUUUUAUCAAGAAUACCACUAAUCUCACACAGCUGACAGAAGAUGAAAUCCAUUCAGUUUGUGGAUACAUCCAGGUAAAUGGCUUUGGAGUCGAAGGAAAAGAAGUGACUGCAUUGUUUCCGAGUGCAUUUUUACUUUCUCACGACUGCACCCCAAACACUACACAUGUUAUAGAUAGCAAGUUCCAUUUGACGAUAAGAACUACAGUGUCAAUAAAAAAAGGAGACCCAUUGACUAUAUCCUAUUGUAAUACGUUACAGGGAACAUUGUGGCGCAGAGAACAGCUUUUAGGGUCUAAAUUCUUCUCAUGCACUUGUAAAAGAUGCUCUGAUAACACUGAGUUCAACACAUUCACGAGUGCAGUAAAAUGUGAAAAGUGUCAAAACGGAUACUUGCUGCCUACAAAUCCUUUAGAUGAUUCUUCAGACUGGAAAUGCGAUAUAUGUUUCAACCAUAAACAAAAGGAAAUAAUUUAUAACUUUGUUAACCGGUAA